AUGGGAAAAACGCAAAUAUGGGAAAAACGUAAAUAUGGAAAAACCGCAAAUAUGGGAAAAACGCAAAUAUGGGAAAAACGCAAAUAUGGGCAGAACGCAAAUAUGGGAAAAACGCAAAUAUGGGAAAAACGCAAAUAUGGGAAAAACGCAAAUAUGGGAAACACGCAAAUAUGGGAAACACGCAAAUAUGGGAAUAACGCAAAUAUGGGAAAAACGCAAAUAUGGGAAAAACGCAAAUAUGGGAUACAUAAAAAUAUGGGAAAACCGCAAAUAUCGGAAAACCGCAAAUAUGGGAAAACGCUAAUUUGGGAAAAUCGCAAACAUGGGAAAGACGCAAAUAUGGGAAAAACGCAAAUAUGGGAAAAACGCAAAUAUGGGGAAAAUGCAAAUAUGGGAAAAACGCAUAUAUGGGAAAAACGCAAAUACGGGAAAAACGCAAAUAUGUGUCAAACACAAAUUUGGGACAAUUGCAAAUAUGGGACAAACUCAAAUCUGGGACAAGCACAAAUAUGGGACAAACGUAAAUAUGGGACAAACCAUGAGUUCAUGAGUAAUUUGAAAACUCAAAUAUGGGAGAAACGCAAAUAUGGGAAAAACGCAAAUAUGGGAAAAACGCAAAUAUGGGAUAAACGCAAAUAUGGGAAAAACGCAAAUAUGGGAAGAACGCAAAUAUGGGAAAAACGCAAAUAUUGGAAAACCGCAAAUAUGGGAUAA